AUGGGGUGCUUUCAGAAGCGUGCGGCUUUGGUGGUUGCGUUUGGCUUGCUGUUGCUCCUAACUUGUGAAGCAUAUGCAGGCGAGCCGUUGCGCGGUGCUGGGCAUUUGAGGCCGGAGCGGAUGGGGCCGGACGACUGCUCGGAGGAGGACGUGGUGGUGUACCAGAACAGCGCGAACCCGCUGCCGAGCGGCAUCCCGACCUACACCGUGCAGAUCAUCAACGUCUGCGGCGGCUGCACGGUGUCGGACGUGCACGUCUCCUGCGGCGACUUCGCCUCCACGGAGCUUGUCGACCCGGGCAAGUUCCAGCGCGUCGGCUUCAACGACUGCAUCGUCAAGGGUGGCGGACUUUUGGAACCCAGCGAGACCGUCUCCUUCCAGUACUCCAACUCCUUCUCCUACACGCUCAACGUCGCGUCCGUUGCCUGCGAGUAG